AUGACGUUACUGGGAGGAUGUUUACAUCGAUUGGCAAACUUUAACCUGAAGGUGAUCUUACCAAUAGUUUUACUUCUUUAUUUCUACGUACAAAUGAAAAAUGGUGUACCGUGUGAGGCUGAGGUGGAACCAAUCUGUGAGCGGCAAUCAACUGAUGGCGCAUCUGCAUCACAGACUAUGGCUGAGAUUAUGCAUGAUGAUGGACAUUUUCCGUACAAAGAUGAGGAGGCUUUGCGAAUCGAGAUGCAAGCAGGGCGGCCAAGGUGUGACUGUCCCGAACCACCUGACUGGUUAAAACCAGUCAACAAGAGACGGAUUGAAGAAGGAAAGAAGUGGGAAGAGCAAAAGAAGAAGCUAAGAGACCCUUUGUCUAUGUGUAAAGCUAUGUCACCAUUGAGUUAUGUUGGCAGCGGUAUCACUGUGGAGCCGUAUCAAUUAGUACCAAUAAUUGGAUUGUCUCUUCAUCCAUAUAUAGAACAACUGUUACCGGACAUGAAUACAGACAUUAUUCUCCAAAUAUCAUCUACAAAGAGGUUGGGAAAACCACGUUUAUCUAAAAAGAUAUAUGAAAUAGAAAAAGACUCCCAACAUUUCAGUGUAUCUGGUGAGGGGACAUAUGUAUUGAAAUUGAAUUUUAAAAAAAAUAUAAAAUUGCUGAAGGAAAUUUUAAAUAACAAUAUUCUUUAUUCGAGUGAUAAUUACGAGCUUGAUGUCCGCGACAAAUUACAACUUACAUUCAUAGAAUUCACUGUGGACAUUUAUGUGCACAUUCGAAGAGAACCGCUGCCAGAUCUUUACGACCCUGGAGAGAGGAAUGCGAUCACCGACAAAGUCACAGUGAUAACCAAAACAUUCGAAAGGUACGAUGCUCUCGAUAAGUUUGUUUCCAGUAUUCACACAUUUUACCCGAAUUUAACAAUAAUUAUUGCAGAUGACUCUGAGUUUCCAAAACCUAUUAAAAAGAAUCAUGUUAAGUAUUACAUCAUGCCAUUUAGAGAAGGAAGUUUCCCAGGAAAAAAUCUCGCCCUCAGCCAGGUUAGGACAAAGUAUGUGCUUUUUAUGGAUGACGAUAUGUUUUUUACUAAUGAAACAAACUUAGAAGUAAUGUUGGAAAAGCUUGAAGACCAGAACAUCGACAUGGAUAUAAAUUGUGGACUGGUGAAUAAUUUAGCAAAACUCCGGGGUCUUCGGAAUAUUGCAUACAAUGACACUCAAGGAUACUGCAAUAUGGGACCAUUUUCACCUCCAAAUCGUCAAGUGCCUGGUUACCCACAGUGCAUGUGGGGAGAAAUGUUUAUAUUUUUCUGCAUGGCUAAAACAGCAGUUCUCCGUAAAAUUGGUGCAUAUCCACAGAUUGUACCAGCUGCCCACGAGGAGGCAUGGAUAGAUACAAUAGGCAAAGCGAAAAGUGCGUUUUGUGAAGAUAGCUCUGUUACUCAUACACACUACAGAAAUAAUAAAUAUGACAAGUAUCGAUGGGAGACGGAACAAUUGAUGCCACGAAAUCCGAUGGCAUUUUUUGAAAACAAUAUAUGUUAUUGGUGGAGUUACUACCAGUUUCCAGGUGUCAAUAAGACAGAUUUAAAAGUGAAAAGUCCAUUUGAAUAG